CAGAAAGAACGGUAAAAAUGCAGGCAGGGCGCCGGACAAAGCACUCGGGACAAAAUUGAGUGAAUGUCACUUUUUGUCAUUUUCAAAUUUCCCGCCGUUCCGUCCCCCAUACGUCCUGAUGCUUGCGGGGACAGAACCCAGAUGACAGAUGCCGGCAUCGGCUGGAUUACAUUGCCGGGGACACUGCAGGAGGGACAUUGCGGGAGUGCAGGACAAGGUAAGUGAUCGAGGGAUUGCAGAGUAAUGCCGCAUGGUAAGCCCAAGUGUAGCUCGGGGUUACCGCUUGUGGUACUGAAA